UUACUCAGAUGAGAUCAAACAUUUAAGUCAAAUUGAAUCUUACCUCGAAUCCUAUUUUUACAAUCGAGAUUUUGUGCUGUAAAACUUCUUGAAACGCAUAUAUAUGAUCAAAGAUGGAUAGCGAUGUAAGCACCAGUGGACGUAAGGAUGAUCCAUGGAUUGUUUCAAGAAGAAAGAUUAGGCCUCUGUACUUGAUAGUUUCGGAAGGGGUGAUUAGUUUCGAAAGGGAUGAUGUAAAUUAUGGAGAAAAGAUGAGUAUGAACAUUCGAUGGUACUUGUUUAAAGGGUUUAUCUAGAUCAGUGAAGAUCCUUUGGUUUCAUCAUCAGAGCAUUAUCUUUAUAUUCCAAUCUUUUUGAUCUCGC